UACGUACCAGAGUUUAAAUCUGAUCUCGAAUAUAUCUCUAAAAUUCUGUUGAAAACUCCAAACCACAUAUCUAAAUAUUAGAUCUGGGGUGACUGAUUUUUCAUGGAGCGUAUGUAACGUUGCGAACAUUUUCAACGCCGCUAUAAAUACUGCAAACCGGACCUACCUCUCAGUAAAACAACCUGCUGAAAAAAUAUUGCGAACGAGAAAACCCUACCUCUCAAAAGAUUAUCUAAAUAACCUAUUGAAGUAACUAAUUUGUGAGAAUAACCUCACUUAUUAAACGAUAAAUAACAAAACGAAAAACAUCUAAACAAGUUUAAUUCUCCCAUCCUCCCAUAAUGAGAAGAUGGGGGAAGGAAUUUUUUUUUGGAAUUGGGGUAUGUGAGAGAGAGAGGGGAGAGAGGCAGCUGCUAGGGUUUGGGUGUAUAGUUAUUACUAUCACUAGUUAUAAAUCGGCCCAUACUUUGCCUUUGGACAUAGAUUUAAUUGUGCAUAUUGUUCAAGCGUUUCUAAUGAAAUUCUCUCUUUUAUUUGUAGCAACAAGAACAUAAACAAAAAUCACCCAUUUCUAAUAAUAAAUUAAAUGGUCCAGUAUGCUUCGGUAAUUCGAUGUCGGCCCAAACGCGCUGGUGAAUGGUGAUAUUAAUAAGCGCGCUAUUCCCCAUCCGCGGUUCCGUCUAUAUCGCUCUGUGAAAUUCGAUUUGGGAAUUUCUUUGGCAAUUCGAAAACCCUAUAAAAGCCCUUCCCAAAAUUUUACUUCUUCGAAGUCUAAACGCCCCCGGUUCACAAAUUGGAAUUCAAAAUCGGAGCUCGGGGUGAAGAACAGACAAGCACCUCCCGCCUAGGUUCCUCAGAAUGAUUUGAGCCCUGCACUCAUUAGUUCGAGGAUAUGGAUGCGAAAGAUAUACUACAAGGAUUGCCGAAGAACCAUAGCGCCAUCGCUUAUCUUCAAAACGAGAAGAAAUCCAGGCCUCCAAAAGAAUCUCAAAGAAAACCCGAUGGCAUUUCCCGAGAGGUUUAUGCGCUGACAGGUGGCUUGGCACCGCCGCUCGUGGCUUCUGUUGAUGUCAAUCAAUUUAAACGGCGAACUCAAACUGAGAACGAGAAGGUUACAUGGCAGUGGCUUCCCUUCACUAAUUCUGCCAGAAAAGAUAACUUGCAGCUGUAUCAUUGGGUUAGGGUUGUGAAUGGAGUACCACCAACGGGGGAUUAUUCUUUCGCCAAGUAUAACAAGCAUGUUGAUGUGGUCAAGUACACAGAUGAGGAGUAUGAAAAGCAUCUCACUGAUCCUAUGUGGACCAAGGAGGAGACUGAUAAGUUAUUUGACCUAUGCGAACUGUUCGAUCUCCGCUUCAUUGUGAUUGCUGAUAAGUUUCCAUCAUCACGAACUGUUGAGGAGUUGAAAGCCCGGUAUUAUAAUGUGACUCGUACGAUCUUGAUUGCCAGAGCUCCUUCUCCCGGUGAUGUUGCUGGGCACCCCCUUGUAAAGGAACAGUACAAUAUUUUGCAUGAGGUUGAGCGCAAGCGUUCAUUAUCCAUGGUUCUCUCCCAUACGAAACACCAAGAGCGAAAAGAUGCAGAGGUUCUUGCUGAAGCAAAGAAAAUAUUAGAGACUCGGAAGGCUGCAAAGGACCCUGAUGCGUUGGAACUUCCAUCCAUGCCUGAUGCUAUUCCAGAGGGAGAAGAUAAAGCUGCUGUUGUGGUUGAUUCUGCCUCUCCAACUCCAAAUAAUCAUUUAAUGACUGGUCCUGUGGCGCCCCAUGUUUCUGAAAUAGCUUCAACUGUAGCUUCUCUUCGCAGUAUGCGGGUUUAUUUGAGAACUUAUGGUUUGGAGCAAAUGGUGCAAGCUGCUAGCUCCUCCGCUGGACUUCGUACUAUUAAGCGUGUUGAACAAACUUUACAAGAUCUCGGGGUUAAUUUGAAGCCCAGGGUUCCCACUAAAGCCGUAUGUGCUGAGCAUCUUGAACUAAGAAAGGAAAUACUGACUUUAUUAAAUCUUCAAAAGCAGUUGCAAUACAAGGAGGCUGAAGGCUCAUCUUAUCGCGAUGCUUCGUAUACUGAAACACCUGGAACACCUCCUAAACGUUCUCAACGUGCUGAUCAGGAUCGUACUUUUGUUCCGGAUUCAUUCAGCUUCGGAGGUGAAAGAGGGGUUAAACGGGAUCAGAAGCGCAAGGUAUUUCUGUUAUAAGAGGUUUCGUGAUUUGUUGAAAAUAUUAUCAUCUUGUUCUAAGAUUUAUUUAGUCAAAAUGUUUAUAUUGUUUGUGGUUCUCAAGGCACCGGCUGCAAGACUCUCGGAAGCUCCGUCAUCACCUGCUCAGUCCAAAAGACCACGAAAGUUCAAAUUAGAUGGAUAACUCUGCUGGUAAAAUUCAUGCACCUUUAUUCCUUUAUAUAGUUCUGUGCUUGAUUAUCUCUUUUGGUGUAAAUAUAUGCAGAUAACUUCUAUUUAAAAUCUGAUCGUGUUUUGCCGGUUGUUUUUGUUGUGUUUGUAAAAUCUUUAAGAAUAUCUCCAUUCUGAAGGCAACUUUUUGGAUAUCUGUAUGGACAACUGUUUCAUCUCCACCUUUAUCAACUCACUUCUCGUGUGAAAUUAGAAGUUCCUAUUCGAUACAACUUCAAGCAUUUUAAAUCUUGGUUUUUGCUGAGAGGAUUGAAGGAAUAACAUAUUUACUUUGCAAUGUGUGGUUUAUCCUACUAUCCAUGCUUCUCUCUUUCUCUCCUUUCUGGGCAUGGUCUAUCUGAACUUCUUUCUGUCUUUGGUGUGGCUGUUGCUAUUAUUAUGGUUAAUCUCGUUUCUGUUUCUACCCUCUCUUUUGUCCCAUCAUCCAUAGUACUCCUUUAUGUGAUAAGAUAAAUACUCAACCCCCCUCAAGGCCAGUCAGUGUUAGGAGUGCACCUCUUUGCGGUUGAAUUCUUUUCUUUUUUUCUUUUUUGUGUUUCUAAUUCAACUUCCGUAUUUUAAGAGCGGACAAUAACGUUUGCAACCUUUGCGUUGCCAAUAAUGAAUCAUACUUAACACAAUCUAUUGACCUCUGUGCUUCGAGAAUAUUUCGACAGGCAUUUUAACAUAAUUUGUAUAUGUAGGCUUAAAAUCAAGCAUCUGAUGCUUUCCUUGUUGAGCAGGUUGAGACCGGCCGUUGACAGCACAUCCGUGCAUGUUCAGCUGUAUGGCUUGUAGCAUCUAUCUUUAGGUCAGCUGAUUUGUUAGGUAAAAUGAACUUUCUCUACCCAAUAUUUUUCUCCUGGCGGUGAUUAGAGAAUCGUUAAGGAGGCUGCUGAGAGUUUUAGGAUUUAUUGGUGAUAAUUUAGAUUUUGCCUUGAUGUAAAUAAAAUUUUCUUUCAUGAUUUCGGUUUUAGAAAAAGAUGCUUUCUUUUGGCUUCCCCCUACCACUUUCAACAACUAUAAGGGAGAAAACUUGGGGACAAUCACUUUAGCAAAUCCACCCACAUGAAUAUGCAUGAUUAUAUGCUCUCUGUUUUUAAAAAAUAAUAGUCUACGUUAAAUUUUAUAGAUUUACUUAAAAAGUACAAAUUUUGAAAAUCAGAGUAAACUAUUUUUUUGGGAUAGAUAUAGGAUAUUGUAUUUGUAUUUUAGUAUCCCAGCUCGGUUCUCUUUUUGACAUCAAGAGGAAUUUCAAGUAGAGACAUCUAAUUUCCAAAAAAAAAAAAGUAGAGACAUCUGGUGGCAGUUUUGUAAUCACACUCCUCGAAUUCUGCUCUCUUUCCAAAGUGCGCAUUAUGCUCCUCAUUGAACAAAUGGCCAUUUUUUCUCACAGCAAAUGCCAUGGCUAAUUAACCCACAUCAGUUUUAUGAUGCCAAAUUUAUCCAUAAGCUAGCCAAUUAUGUUUAAUUACGGAAAUUUCAUCUAUUUUAACGGGCUAUAGUAAAACAUUUCUAGAUUAAUAUCAUGUAUUCUAUAAUUAAUAACUUUUAUUAAAUAAUAUUCUUUUGUGGUAUUGACUCAAGACCAACAAGAAAAAUAAACAAAUUUGAUAAAUUUAUAAGAUAAUAAUUUUUUGACAAUCUCUUAUGUAAAGAAAGAAAAAGAGAGUUGGCAAUUAGAAGAAAAGUCUGUCGUACAAAGGGCAGCCGCAAUUUAGAAAAAUAAGCGGUUCAACAGAAUGUGGCCACAUCAGCGUUUUUUCUUCCUGUAACACACCCCCCUUCAACCGUGCAAUAGAAAAGGAAUUCCCUUCUAUAUAUACUAGUGAUGUCUGCGCGACCCUGGCUCAGUCUAUCUGUAGAUCUUAGAAAUAUUUAUAUUUGAAAAAAAUAAAAUUUUGUAUUUAGAGCGAUAUAUUUUAGAAAUGUUUGAAGGAUUUAGAAAUGUUUUAUAAGUGUAAUCAUAGAAAUAUUUGUAUUU